AUGUCAAGCUACCGUUUGUACCUUUUUAUGCACAUCAUAUCCGAUUACCAUCUAUCAGACUGUGUUUCUGUUAAGCUCUUGCACUUCUCAAGAUUUAUGUUUGCUAAAGAAGCAACUGAAUUGGCAUUGAAGGAUAACAGACAACUGAUGGAAAUUGAAUUUCCAACUGCUGGGUUGGGUUCUGUACCAGGUGACUGUGAGGGUGGAAUAGAAAUGACUGGAAGUAUACAACUAAUACGUGAGUUCUGUGAUCUCUUGGUUAUACCGGAGAAAGCCACAAAGACCAGAAUUUUUUUCCCAGAGGCUAAUGAAGUAAAAUUCGCAAGACAAUCAAUUUUUGGAGGAGCAUCUUUUAAGUUGGAGUAUUUGACAAAGCCUUCUUUUUUCGAGGAUUUCGGUUUCACCGAAAAGGUCAAGAUGGUUGACCGUGUCAAGCCAGAAGAUGAACUCUUUAUCGUCGCCUAUCCAUACUUUAAUGUCAAUGAGAUGCUUGUCAUGGAAGAGCUAUACAAAGCAGCAGUGUCAAACACUUCUAGGAAACUGAUUAUAUUCAACGGAGAGCUUGAUCGAAUAAGAUCUGGUUAUAAUCUCACUUUUUUCAUCCAAGGGGAACUUGGAUUGGUUUUUGGUUUCGAGAAGGAGUUUAAAAAACUUUCAAGCAUGUUUUCUAUGAUUCAAGCUGUGCUAGAAGAUGCUCAAGAGAAGCAACUGAAGUACAAGGCAACAAAGAACUGGUUACAGAAACUCAACGUUGCUGCAUAUGAAGUUGAUGACAUCUUGGAUGACUGUAAAACUGAGGCAGCAAGAUUCAAGCAGGCUGUAUUGGGGCGUUAUCAUCCACGGACCAUCACUUUCUGUUACAAGGUGGGAAAAAGAAUGAAAGAAAUGAUGGACAAACUAGAUGCAAUUGCAGAGGAACGGAAGAAUUUUCAUUUGGAUGAAAGGAUUAUAGAGAGACAAGCUGCUAGACGGCAAACAGGUUUUGUUUUAACUGAGCCAAAAGUUUACGGAAGGGACAAAGAGGAGGAUGAGAUAGUGAAAAUCUUGAUAAACAAUGUUAGUGAUUCCCAAGAACUUCCUGUACUCCCAAUACUUGGUAUGGGGGGACUAGGAAAGACGACACUAGCCCAAAUGGUUUUCAAUAAUCAGAGAGUUACUGAGCAUUUCAAUCUAAAGAUAUGGGUUUGUGUCUCAGAUGAUUUUGAUGAGAAGAGGUUGAUUAAGGCAAUUGUAGAAUCUAUUGAAGGAAAGUCACUGGGUGACAUGGACUUGGCUCCCCUCCAGAAAAAGCUUCAGGAGUUGUUGAACGGAAAAAGAUACUUUCUUGUUUUGGAUGAUGUUUGGAAUGAAGAUCAAGAAAAGUGGGCUAAUCUUAGAGCAGUAUUGAAGAUUGGAGCAAGUGGUGCUUCAAUUCUAAUUACUACUCGUCUUGAAAAAAUUGGAUCAAUUAUGGGAACUUUGCAACUAUAUCAGUUAUCAAAUUUGUCUCAAGAAGAUUGUUGGUUGUUGUUCAAGCGGCGUACAUUUGGCCACCAAACCGAAGCAAGUCCUAAACUUAUGGAAAUUGGAAAGGAGAUUGUGAAGAAAUGUGGGGGUGUGCCUCUAGCAGCCAAGACUCUUGGAGGUCUUUUACGCUUCAAGAGGGUAGAAAAUGAAUGGGAACAUGUGAGAGAUAGUGAGAUUUGGAAUUUACCUCAAGAUGAAAAUUCUGUUUUGCCUGCCCUGAGGCUGAGUUAUCAUCAUCUUCCACUUGAUUUGAGACAAUGUUUUGCAUAUUGCGCGGUAUUCCCAAAGGACACCAAAAUAGAAAAGGAAUAUCUCAUCACUCUUUGGAUGGCACACAAUUUUCUUUUAUCAAAAGGAAACAUGGAGCUAGAGGAUGUGGGCAAUGAAGUAUGGAAUGAAUUAUACUAGAGGUCUUUUUUCCAAGAGAUUGUAGUUAAAUCUGGUAAAACUUAUUUCAAGAUGCAUGAUCUCAUCCAUGAUUUGGCUACAUCUAUGUUUUCAGCAAGCGCAUCAAGCAGAAGUAUCUGCCAAAUAAAUGUAAAAGAUGAUGAAGAUAUGAUGUUCAUUGUAACAGAUUAUAAAGAUAUGAUGUCCAUUGGUUUCUCCGAAGUGGUGUCUUCUUACACUCCUUCGCUCUUUAAAAGGUUUGUCUCGUUAAGGGUGCUUAAUCUAAGUAACUCAGAAUUUGAACAGUUAUCGUCUUCCGUUGGAGAUCUAGUACAUUUAAGAUACCUUGACCUGUCUGGUAAUAAAAUUUGUAGUCUUCCAAAGAGUUUGUGCAAGCUUCAAAAUCUGCAGACUCUUGGUCUAUAUAAUUGCCAGUCACUUUCUUGUUUGCCGAAACAACUAAGUAAGCUUGGUAGUCUCCGGAAUCUUGUACUUGAUCACUGUCCAUUGACUUCUAUGCCACCAAGAAUAGGAUUGUUGACAUGCCUUAAGACACUAAGUUACUUUCUUGUGGGCGAGAGGAAAGGUUAUCAACUUGGUGAACUACGAAAUUUAAACCUCCGUGGUGCAAUUUCAAUCACACAUCUUGAGAGAGUGAAAAACGAUACGGAGGCAAAAGAAGCCAAUUUAUCUGCAAAAGCAAAUCUGCGCUCUUUAAGCAUUAGUUGGGAUGGACCACACAGAUAUGAAUCCGAAGAAGUUAAAGUGCUUGAAGCCCUCAAACCACAUCCCAAUCUGAAAUAUUUAGAAAUCAUUGGCUUCAGUGGAUUCCGUCUCCCAGACUGGAUGAAUCACUCAGUUUUGAAAUAUGUUGUCUCUAUUCUAAUUAACGGUUGUGAAAACUGCUCGUGCUUACCACCCUUUGGUGAGCUGCCUUGUCUAGAAAGUCUAGAGUUACAAGAUGGGUCUGUGGAGGUGGAGUAUGUUGAAGACUCCGGAUUCCUCACAAGAAGAAGGUUUCCAUCCCUACGAAUACUUCAUAUAGGUGGCUUUUGUAAUCUGAAAGGAUUGCAGAGAAUGGAAGGAGAAGAGCAAUUCCUCGUGCUUGAAGAGAUGAAGAUUUUUGAUUGCCCUAUGUUUGUUUUUCCAACCCUUUCUUCUGUGAAGAAAUUAGAAAUUUGGGGGGAGGCAGAUGCAAGAGGUUUGAGCUCCAUAUCUAAUCUUAGCACUCUUACAUCACUCAAGAUUUUCAGUAACCACACAGUGACUUCACUCUUAGAAGAGAUGUUCAAAAGCCUUGAAAAUCUCAAAUACUUGAAGUGUCUGGAUAUUCGUUAUUGUUACGCACUAGAGAGUCUCCCCGAGGAAGGGCUGGAAGGUUUAACUUCACUCACGGAGUUAUUUGUUGAACACUGUAACAUGCUAAAAUGUUUACCCAAGGGAUUGCAGCACCUAACAGCCCUCACAAGUUUGAGAGUUACUGGCUGUCCAGAAGUGGCAAAGCGGUGUGAGAGGGGAAUUGGAGAGGACUGGCACAAAAUUGCUCACUUACCAAAUGUGUAUAUUGGUUAGUCUUGAUCUGUUU